CUCGCGAGACAUUUCGAGUUCGAACCUUAGCAACAGUCAAACUUCCUAAAAUGCCCGCUGCGAUAUCUUUGAAGUCGUGAGCGAAAACGGAUACUUUUCAGACUUUAACAUUAAAUCAUUUCACAGACAACAACCAUGGAUCUUGUCUGGACACAAGGAUACUAUGGCCAAGAACUCUUCUAUAUUGAUACAGAUGUCAUCUGUUACCAAUGUGGACGAAAUGUAAACUUUGUGCAUACAGAUGGGACACAAAAAGUAUUUGCUUUUUGUGGACAAGGAGUUGGUCCAUUUAGUGCACACAAGAUCAACCAGCAUUUCGCUAUAGCUGAACGGUGCAUCGGUCCCAAGAUUUUUGUUUACUCCUAUCCAUCUCUAGAAGAAUUAAUGAUUCUUGUGGGUGGUGCCGAGACAGAAUUCCAAAGGCUGGCUUUUUCAUCCAGUAACUUCUUAUUGAGCUUGUCUUCAAUUCCAGACUUUCAGAUGGCAUUAUGGGACUACACCACUGGCAAAAAGCUGACAUCAGUAAAAUUAACUUCAGAUCCAAUUACCAGUGUUGGGUUUAAUCCUGCUAACUGGCGCCAAAUUUGUGUCACAACUAAAUCAACAGUAACUGUUUGGAACGUAGAGCAAAGCAAUGUAAAGUACAUCUUGCUGCCUCAGAAAGUCUGUUUACCUCCAGAAGACCCCUCAGUUUCUAAUGACAAUGAGAAAGAACUGGAAACUAACACACCAAGGGCUUCAACAAAAUCAUCUAAGUAUGAAGUCAAGGUUCCACUGACAGCCGUUGCAGGUUUGGUGGGCGAGAUGGCAGAUCACCUGCAGGAAUUUCUGGAUACAACCGUUCGGGUGUCACCGGUUGCUCAAGCCUGGACUCCCAUUGGCGAUAUCUACAUAAGCUGCACUUCAGGACAUCUGCUUAAAGUGAAUGGAGAAACAUACAAAGUCUGCCCAGUGUUUUACUCUUAUUCAGUAUUAUCCAGAUCUGGAAGUAGUUACUCUAGCAGAGGGCCUAGCAUAUCACAGAAAGAAAGCAGAGGUGUUUCAGGGGAAUUCCAAGGAGAAAUAUCAAAAGCUGUGUCACUCACCUGUCUUGGUUAUCACGGGAUGGGGCUGUUUGCUGUUGGUGAUGAUGGAAUCCUACAUUUGCUAGAUACUGUCAGUGAAGAAAUGAAAGUCUUGGAAGCAAAGAAUUUGGGGAUACCCAUUACAGCUCUAACCUUCUCUUAUGACUACACAAACUUGGUUCUAGGCUCACCAAAGGGUACCAUAUAUUUGCUUGAAGUUGAAAAAGAUUUGGACUCCAAGAUUCUCUUGCAUGUGCAUUAUGGAGAGUUUGUGGACAUAGGAUCACUUCCUAAAGGCAGUGAGUCAUGUGUGACUGUGCGAGGAGAUGGCAUGGUGCAAGCUUGGUCAGCUUUGGAUGGACAUGUCUUAUCAAGCAUAGCUCUGGGAGAACCUGCAAGCUGUCUGGUUUCAAGCCCAAUCGCCUUUCUUGUUGUGGUUGGUAGUACAACAGGAUAUCUAUAUUUUUUGGAUUUCACUGAUGAGAAGAAGCCACGUAUUGUUCAUCGGACUCGUCUUUAUUGUGCCCCCGUCAAGCAGCUUAUAUUUGAUUGCAGUGGAACUUAUCUCAUUGCUGCUGGAGAAGACAAAAAUGUGUUUUUGAUGAAUGGGUGCCCGUCAUCAUAUUUUAGUGUGCUUGGUUACACAGAGGUUCUGGGAGAUGUGCAGCACAUCACAACCACCACAAAGAAAGAUCUAAUUCUUGUUGGCAUUGCUGUUUGUUGUGACACAAAACAAGGAUCCAGUUGGGACCAGAUAAUUUGGUUUGAAAUAAAGAAAAACUUUGUCCGAGACCUGAAGCAACUUUAUCACAGCAAGAAAUGUGAUCUUAAGGAUGAAGGUAUCAACAAGAAAGACAUAUACUUCCAGAACAGAUUAUUUGGCUGUGCACUGGGAGAAGGAGGUAUUGUUUAUGGAAUUGGGCGAAGCACUCGCAAGAUCAUCGUGACGCCACUGCCAGAAGAAGUACCCAAAAAGAAAAGUGGGUCUCAGUGGCUGGAGUCACCAGAAUCAAAAAAGAUGUUUGAUGGUCACCAACUGCGAGGUGGUAAACUGAUGCUUUCCCCACAUCUUCAGUUUCUGAUCUCCUAUGGACCAGAUGGUGCCUUCAUGCUUAGGGAAGUAGUCAAUAUGGAACAAACCCUGAGGGUCAUAGCUCAUGACUACCAUAGAGGUGGAGUUAAAGCUUUGGCUAUUACUCAUGACUGCAAUAUUAUAUUCACAAUAGGACAUGAUGGGGCCUUGUGCUGUUUUGAGUGGAGACUGGAUUCGAAAGAAAGAGUGCGCUUCAAAAUAAAAACAACUGAGAAGGAGGCGCGCAAAGACCAAACGAUUGUAAAAGGUCAAGAAAAUGAUGCACUCUGUAACAUGAGAACCUGGCUGCCCCCAGUCAGUGUCCAAGAGCGGAAGGAACGGGUAGAAAGGAAGAAACAAGAGUCAAUGGAAAAGGAGGAAAGUCCUCUUGCAGACCAGCCAAAUAGUACAUGGCUAGAACAAAAGGAGCUUGAGAUAUUGCGGGCGGAAGAAAAACAGUAUGCGGAAACUAAGAAGAAUCUCAGGGCUCAGAUCAGAGAUAUUCGUAAAACGAUCCAGCACAUGAUGCGCAAGAAUGAAGAACUGCCAGACAUUGAAAAGCUUAGUCGGCAUGAGUUUGAUCUGGAUGUAGAUGAGCAAGCACGACUCCAGGCAGAGGGUGAAGCUGAAAUUGAGAAGGUGCGAGAAGAGAUUCAGUUUGACAAUCUGGCCAAGCUUUACCUUAGGGAAGUGAUCAAGAAAGAAUGCUGGGAUGAUAUGAAGGUCAAGGGCAGAUCACUUCAGGCUUUCAACUCCAAUCUGGAGGUAGCCAACUUCCCACUGAAAGAGCGCAGCCCACAGACCCUUAAGAAGCUGGAAGCUGUUUCAGCUCGACGUCGGAUUGAGAUGAAAGAACUUAUGAUUAGGAAGACUGAGGUGGAGUUGGGUACAAGGCCUGCAUAUGUGGGGGAAGAAGAAAAUGAAGGAGAAGAAGAUGGAGGAUCAAAAGAGCAGCCCUGCAUCACAGGGGGCUUAGGUGCCAGCUAUGGAGGUGGCAGUGCGCUUUUUUACAGUCAGUUUGAUCUACAUCUGCGCCACCAAAAGGCGAAUCAGAUUGUUCUUCUUGAGGAUGCCAUCCAUCGAAUUAAGGUGACCUUCAACAGGGAUUUUGAUGACAUUUUCCUUAAGAAAGAACAAGAGAUGGCAAAAAUGCGUGAAAAGAACAAGCGCAUCAUAAAAAUUUUAAGUGACCUGGACUUAAAUGAACCUGUCAUAGACCCAGAAAUGAGUGUCAUGGAGCGGCCAGAACAGCUGCUGACGGUAGAUGACAAUGAGGUUACUGUAGAAAGGUUCCUCACUCCUGAGCAGCGCAAAAAACUAGAAGAGCAGCAAAGAUUAGAAGAAGAGCGGCGUCUGAGGGAAAAAGGGGACAACCAGCGGGAACGUGCCUUGGACAUGAUGAUGGGUGGAGUUUUGGAGAUCAGGAAAGAAGAUGAACUCAAGAAGGACAUCCCAGUCCCACUAUUCAUGCAGCAGAAAGAGAGCACAGAAUGGACAGAGGAAGAACAGAAACUAGUUAAAGACUAUGAACGUCGAUGUAAGGAACUCAAUGAAGAGCGGGAAAAGUUCCGAAAGCAACUGGAAACAGAGCUACGCAAGCUGCAAGCCCAGAUUAAGGAAGGAAUGGCUGCCUUUGAUGAGACCCUCAAUCAGCUUUUCUUGAAGAAGAUCAAAGUCAUGAUGGUUAUCUAUCAGGAGGAGCUGAAGAUACUGCGUCUUCGACGUUCCUUGCUGAUAGAAGAGGAGCUGGACACACGAGAACGUGAACUUAGCUACAGAAUGAAUCACAAGAGAGAGCUGAGGCAACUUGCCUCUGAAGCUGUGGUGGAAGCUCGCAUUAAUGUGGAUGAGUUCCGAAAUCAGUAUGACAUCCUAGUUGCAGAGGACAAAGUCAUGGACAAAGCUUUCAAAAGAGAGUUUAGUGAUUUGUCAGCUGUUAUGGCUGAUCAUCUUUACCGAGUCUUUCGAAAGAGACCAAGAGGAUUGAAGUUUAAGGCUCCAGACACAUCUUCGGAGUUAGUUCCAUCCAACCCAUUUGCAGAACGUCCAUCCACUGCCCAGCAAAAUGCCCAAACUAAACUUCUUCUUGAGGCAGCAUUGGAUGAGCUUGAUAAGCCAGCUAACAUGCCUGAAGGGCUUGAUCCCACUGUGUGGCAACGUCUGUGUAACUACCGACGUGCCAAGAUUGAGAGUGAAAAUAUGGUAAAGAAGAAGGCUUUAGUACUGGCAGAGAUGCAAGCUUUCCUUCAGAAACGUGUAGAGGAAGAUGAGGCUCUGAAAAGUGAGGUUGAUGCCAUUGGUAUUCAGUUAGCAAAGCUGAAGGACGACCAAUUACUCUUCACACUGGACCUGGAAGUCCAGCUACUGCUGAAGCAAGGGCAGGUGGAGGUUGAUGCUGGCCAGUUUAUCCAUGACUACAACAAUAGCGUCCUCAUUCACCGCUCUGUGGUCGAGGAUCUCAAUGCUACAAUAAAGCAACUGGGAGAAAGCAAAAUUGCCAGCAUGAUGGAAAGCAAAGAUUUCAGGAAAGGCAUUAUUCAGCUUGAAUGGGAACACAAGAAAAUGUCAAUGGAGAUGGAAGAUUUGGAGAACAAGAUGAAGGACAUCAUGUUCAUGAAGGUCACCCGAGAGAUCCAGGCGUUCCUAAAUGAAAGUGAUUAUGAUGCCAAGAAAGCCAGCGAAAUCUCCACCCUUGAGCAAACUAUUUUGAUGCAGAGGAAACACCACGAGAAGAACGUGCAGACUAAGGAGCACAUCAAGGAGGACCUGAGGUCUUUCCUGAAGCGCAAGAAGACCUACAACACGGCCCUGGACAAAGAGCUGGAGGAACUCAACGUCUGCGUCAACGAGAGACGACACAUCGACGAAGUCAACGCGGAGCGGCGUCUGGACACGGGGAAAGAGAAGCGGUACCGGGACAUCAUUCAGCGCCGCAAGCUGGUGGACCUGGCCAAAGCUCAGGCUCAGGAAGUCGCUGUCUUGAGGGCAGAGGUCGAGCGUCUGCGCAUGCGCACUUUCCCAGCCUUGGUGCAGGUCGAGCACUGACCUGACGUCAGCAGGCCUGUAAGCCGGACCAAACUACUUCACUAGUAGACCAAAUCGAACUGCAUCAAUAAACCUAUAUAUAUAUAUGAACCAUAAGUCCACUCCGGAAAGUGGCAACAGAUUUCUCAACCUCGGACAGGAAUAUUUUAGUAGUUUCAAACGAUGUCUUUUAUGGUAUACGGUCGCUGAUGGACAAGAUGGUUGAGCCCAUGUUGAUACCAAUGUGUGCAAAAGUAUUUUGUUACCGAGAAAGAAUCGCUAGGACAGUAUUAUAACAAAUUAGACAAAUGAAAGUGAUUUUGUGCAUUAAUAUUGAUGACUUGAAAUAAAACCACAAUAUAAUGCAUCCUGUUCUUUCAGCACAGUGUGAGCUGGUCUUUUUGUUAAUAGUACAUGUAUUAUUGUUUUACCCAUGUUAAUGAGGACAUUGUUUUUGUUGUAGUUGACUGUCCAUUUUUUCCUAUAGUUAUUUUGAGACCCACAAAGAGCAGUUUCAUGUGUGCAUAACUUACCAGCACAACCUUUGUCCUGAAAACUUUUCUUAUGUUUCCUGAUAUUAUCCAUGUGUUUUCUUCAGAUGAAUUUUAACAUUGAAAACGUUUCUUUUGUGUGUCGUUAGAUAUUGUUAACGCUGCUGCGAUUAUUUAUAUAUAAUUAUGUAUAAAAUAUUGUAUAUUUUUCUUAUAAAAUGCAUUAUGCGAGAGUUGACAGAGUCAAAUAAUGGACACAAGUAGCGACACCGAUCGAAAGAUACAUUAACUUUCUGUUAGUCACGUUCAUUUGCUGGGCAGGAUCAUAUAUCGUGAAGCACUCGUAAAAACUGAACUAAAGAUAAAAGCGAAAGCAUUAAAAUAAUUCUUGAUUUUAUAUGUGCUUUGAUGAAAGUGGUGAAGAUGAGCAGAGGCAUCCUUUGGGGGUGGUGACUACGGCAACCGCCCCGACCCCCGCAUAUGAUGCUCGUCCAGUGCCCCGCGUACUGCUAAGGUCGCCUUUGGGCGUACGAACACUUUGGUCCCGGAAACUUUCUUUCUCUCUGACACACACAGGGGCCGACGACAUUUUAUCGGGAGGAAAUGAAGACCAUAGAGAACUCCAAUGAAACACAAAUACUGUCUGGGAGGUCAGUGACCACAGGCAUCCUACGCCGAAAAGCUAGAAUAGCUCGGCGGUGCACGAGUCCCACCACUGGCUGCUGGCCGCAUUGUCCGGGUGUUGACAGAGCUCGGUGCUCCCGUCGAAUUUCUCCCAUCCUCCACACCCGAGAUUGCAAUGACUUGGUGUGAAUCAUGUGAUCCUGGUUUUAUCCGCUCCUGUGGUUGUAGGCUUUUCACUCGUCUUCAUCAUCCCGCCGACAAGUCUCGGCUGGUGGAUUGUGUCCACAAGUUAGCUCCUGAACAAGUGAUGGGGUCAGUGCACCGUUGGCCCAAGCGACAUCACGAGUGAGGCAGGAGAAGGGAAGGACGUAGAAAAGAGAAAGAAAGAAGAGGAGAGUUGAUUUGGUUUAUUUAGUAGGAAAGUGCUUCCACCUUGCCGUGACUUCGCAUUAUGGGGGAGAGGGAGGGGAAGGGAAGGAAACCGGAGUACCCGGAGAAAACUCACGACGCCCAGCCCUGCAAAGAAGAAGAAGAGAAAAGAGUCGAUCAGACUUUAAAAAAAAAUUGAAUAAAACUGAGCGAACUUAUCGUUUAAUCGACACGUUACUCCUAUUGUCUGGAUUAAAAACUAAAGAGUAAAAGAAAGAGUUUUAAACCGAGUCCACAAUUAGUCCAACAGAUUACUUCUGUAGUACCUACAUUAGUCCCCCUUGCAAAAUGUUUUCUCUGGAAUUUUUGAUUGUCAUGAAACAGGUCAGUAAAUUAGUGAUACAGUUCACACCCGGGUUCAUGACAAAGGUCAACUGUAUUAGUUCAGUUAUAAAAAUACUUGUCUUUAUCACAAAAUCCCGUUGUACUUGCUACUGAUACUAGUUGCUCUCUUUGCUCCGUCUGUAAUUAUAAAAUCACAUUCCCAAUAAAUGAAACUUCAAGCAAC